AUGGGCUACAGUCUGGAGUCCUUGAAUCCUAAUAGCUGCUUCGCCUUGACAUUCCUGACACAGGCAUCCAACCCUGUUCCAUGCCAAGAACUGGGUUAUUGUGGGCAGGCCAUAGAACACAAAGGUGUAAGAAAAAUGCUGGAUGAUUUGGGGAAAGUAAUGAAGAAUUUUGAAUCCAGAGCUGAGUUCACCGAAGAUUUGCAGAAAAUAAGUGGUGCAGCAGGCGAUGUGGUUGAUAUCAGAGAAAUCACAGAAAGCGGUGAGCUCGAAAUGAAAGGAAAGCACAGAACUGCUCACAAACCUCAUUCAAAACCAAAAAUCUGUGCUUUUGAGGGGAAUGUUGACGAGAGCAGAACAGAUAAAAAACCCAAUGGGGACUUAAAAUCAGAAGAGGACGUUUGGGCCCGACUUGAUGAACUGGAAAGGCAAGAGCAAAUCCUCGGUGAACUCAGCAGGAUUUCUGAGACUAGCAAUGCAAAGGCAGAAGCUGCCUCUUCCUCUGAAGAAGAGAGAGAAGACAAAAAGUUAAACCUGGAUAUUCUUCAGAAGGACGAAAAACCAAAUACUCAGGGCAACUUUCAGAAGGAUGUAACUGACUUUGAAUCAUUCAGAAGUCAGGUUAAUGGCCCCAAUCAUUACAGCAGCGACGAUGAAGAUGAUUUUGCCAUUAGUGAGAAUGCUGUGCCGACAAUAUACUUCUCCCACACUGUGGAACCUAAAAGGGUACGAAUAAACACAGGGAAAAAUACUACUUUAAAAUUCAGUGAAAAGAAAGAAGAAGCAAAACGGAAACGGAAGAACAGCAAUGGAAAUGGACAUGGGACGACGGAACUGCCAAAUAUUAAAACGCCAGCAGAUAUUUAUCGAGUCUUUGUUGAUGUUGUGAAUGGAGAAUAUGUCCCUCGUAAAUCAAUUUUGAAGUCUCGAAGCCGGGAGAACAGUGUUUGCAGCGAUACCAGUGAGAGCAGCAACGCCGAGUUUGACGACAGGCGAGGAAUUCUGAGAAGCCUGAGCUACGAGGACGCGACCCAUAGCGACAACAGUGAGGGCAUCUUAGAAGAGGAGGAGGAGGAGGAACAGCGGGAGCAAAACUCCCUUUCUAGAAAAGCACCUCCCUUGUCAGGAAUGUAUGAGGCUUUCUCAGGGACGGUUGUCGAGAAGGAACCUUUGUCGCCCUCCACGAUACCACAUCCGGUCCUUGCUCACCCAGUCCUGCCAACCAUUUUGGAGCGGAAAUCUGAGGAGAUUCUCUGCGAAGCUUCAGAAGAUACGACAAAGAGAGUUUCAAAAUUCAAAGCUGCCCGAAUGCAACAGAAAAGCUAGUGCCCAUGUAAAGAGCGGACUUGGUUCAUUGUCACGAAAACGCGUGGCAAGGGAUGGUUUGUAUCUAGCUAGUAAGACGGCAGGUUGCUUUGACGUCAUAUUGUUCAUACUUAGACCUCCUGUUGAUAUUCCUUUUUUUUUUUUAAAGAAAGAAGCAAAUCUGUGAAGAAGCAUUUCAGAAACCUCCUUAUUUUCUUAAUAUCCCCCGUGUGCAGUCAGCACCUUUAUACAUGUUUGCCUUACGAUAACAGCACAUGGGAUAAUUUUCAAGAGAAUAAUUCUCAUGAAGCUUUUUGGUUGUGCGCAUUGAAAGCUAAACGCAAGCAGUUUUGUACCAGAUGUGAAGUUAAAAAAAUAUACCAUUUGGGCUGCUUG